CGCUGCCCAAACGCUCGUCCAGCGCCUGCUCCCGUCGCAGUCCUGCAGAGGCUCGCUUUCUCUCUCUCUCGCCGGAAGCGAUUGAUUGAUUGUCGGGCAAUCAGUGUCGCGAGCCACUUCACUAUCCAUCCUCCCGUGGCUCCUCGUCGUCGUCGUGGUGCGGAUGUUGACGAUUGAUGUCAAUGUCGAUCGCUCUGUGUUCUGUCCUGUUCUGUUGGUUCGUACCACUGCCACUUGCAGCAGCAGCAGCAGGUUGAGGUGAGGUGAGGUGAGGUGAGGAGAGGAGACCAAAAGCGUGACCACCUUCAGAUGGCGAUGUUUUUUCUUGGGUCGAGAUAGAGAGACAGACGAGGAGGGCCAGAGGAGUCUGUGAGGACGAAGCGAAUGCGAUUUGACAGAGCAAGUGAAUUGAAUUGAGCGGUAGGGCGGUGCCACGGGCUCGAAGAGUGUGUGAACAUUAGAGUGGGUUUUUUUUCCGGAGACCGGGGGAUGAUGAGGCGGAGGAGGAAGGUGGAAUGAGCAUCGAGCUCGGUGGACAGAAAGUGGGAUGCGGUGGUUUCCGUGCGGAUUGUUCGAACGGGGCGCUCCGAUCUUGCGCUCGGCGCUCGUUCGCUCGCUCGUUCGGACGGCGGCAGAGGAGUUGCGUCGAACGGGAGUUUUGUGAGGGCGGUGAUCAGUUUCGUCGUGCUCGCCAGUUGCGCCCGAUUUUGAAUUUCCUGCGUCGUCCGAUAAACGCUAGCCCCGCCUCUCCGCGGCCUCGUUUUUGGAUUCUGAAUUGCGGGCGGUCCCGGCUCCCGCAGCCAGUCGCCGUCUUCGGGUCUUCGGGUUUAGCUCUUCGAUGAUUCCUCGCAACCAUUUGCUCUCUUCCGGUUUCUUGACCUGGCGGCAGGACGUUGCAGCUGCAUUCCGAAGGUAGCGUCCUCAAGGGCAAUUUUCGGAGCGUUCAAUUCGGCCCCUCUGUGUAGUUUACCGUCUUCGGCGCUUGUCCCAUCUACCUACCGCGGGAACAAUGUCAUCGUUUGAAUAGUUGAAGUGGGUCCUGUACAUCGCAAGCUGAGGGGUCUGUCUUCUCGGCGAUUCUGAGAGUUCGGAGGUGGCGGGCGGAGCAUUCUUCGCUGCGGGGCCGUGGAAGAGCAGGUGUUUGUCGACUAAUCAGAUGCUUCAAAUGGCCGAUAAAUUUGGUUCAUCUGUUGCGAGGGAGCCGCAAUUCUCGGACGUAUCGAUCCCGGUUUAAAAGUUGGUGCAGGGCGUGAAUUUCUAGCGAGAGAUGGCUGCUCGCAGGCCGAGAACGAGCGGUCGGGUUACCUCCAAGAACAAUCCGGGCGUUGUCGAGAGGGAUGAGGAUGCUGGUGAACGAGGAGGCAAGCUACGGAAACGGAAGAUGUCGGAUAUGCUGGGACCGCCUUGGUCUAAAGAUGACUUGGAGCAGUUCUAUCAAGCUUACCGCAAGUUUGGCAAGGAUUGGUCGAAGGUUGCGGGGAGUAUGUCUAAAAGAACUGUGGAAAUGGUAGAAGCUUUAUACAGCAUGAACAAGGCCUACCUGUCACUUCCUGAAGCAACAACUUCUCCCGAAGUUUUGAUCGCAAUGAUGACAGAUCACUACAAUAUUCUGGAGGAGAGAAGGAGUGAAGAAGACGAAGAGAGUAGUGAAGAGUUCGCAAACUCAGACCGUUCUCAUCAGACGCAAUCUCAUCAAACCAGUUCCCGGCUACGGGCCCGAGUUACGAGCAGUUCAAACCCGGGAACUCUUAGCUAUGGAGGGCCAUCACCAGCCAAGAAGCCAAGAAGUGCAGCAGCUAGUAGACCGCGUAUAGUUGGAAAGCGAACACCACGAUACCCGAAUGGCAGUGCGUUGGAGCCGAGGAUGAAGACAAAAGUAGUUGCAAACAAAGCCCUACAAGAGGAGACAUCAGAUGAGGAUUAUGAUUUCUCGAAAGCGGCCCAGACUCUUGUCACAGCCUCACAGAGAGCAGCGUCACCCUUAGUGGCUGCUCAUACACCGAGCAGAAGAAAUAGUCGAGCAGCUCUCCAAAAUGGACAUUCAAGGGAGGCUCCUUCAAAAGCAGAAUCCGGCGGAUCAGGUCCGAAGCACACUGCCUCAAACAGUGGUGAAGUUGGUCACGAUGGUAGUCAUGAUAGUAAGGAGAGACGUAAUAAAGGAAGUCGCACUGCCACAGCAGAUGAAACGGAUGUGGUGGAUGGUGUCAAAAGGCGCCCUUCAGACGGUAAAGGCAAGUGGAAGAAACCACUCCCCAAGAGGCUCAAGCUACAAAAGUUGGAGAAAUAUGAUGACGCUAAAGAAGAAUGUAGUCAAUCUGGUACACAAGAUGCAGAUACUAAAGAAGAAGACGAAGAGAGGCAGAUGUCGGGGCAGAAAAAGAUGCGCCACUUAUCUCAAAGAACGAAGAAGAGAAGUCGACAACUUUUUUCAGGAGAGAAUCAGAGCACUGCUCUAGAUACUCUGGCAACAUUAGCAGAUCUAUCUCUCGCCGGUCUGCUUCCUUCUCCUACGGGUGAUUCAGAUCCCGGAACCAGCUCCUUUAGAGAAAAGAUAGAGGACAAGAUUCUGAAGAGGAAAGAAUUUAGCCCUCCUAAGUGUGCUGGAUCUGUUGCUUCUCUGAAUGACAACGCCGAGAAAAGAGAAGAUAGGAAGGAAGACGCUGAAGAAGAAAGGGGGAUCGAAGAAUCUGAGAAGGAUGACUCACACAUAGUGACAAAACCCGGGCAACUGUCCGCCUCACCUACUGACUCUCGAAAACGGAAAAGGAUGACAGCAAUUGAGAAGAUGGAAUCACAAGGUAAAGUCGUUGCGGAAGAAAUAAAUCAGCGGAAACCUGACACUGAGGUUCCACCAGCCAAGAUUGAGAUUUCUGCAGCCUUAAAACCCCGGAGUAAGCCUAAGCGCACCCUCUCCGCUAAAGGGCCUUUGAAGCAAGGAAUCAAGGCGAACAAAACAGGAGAAACUUCUGGAGUAGAUCAAAACCAACUUGCACAGGGCCACGGACAGUCCGUGACCACUGAUGAGGGCACAUUGCCAUUAAAACUUCGCAGUAAGAAGAAGGGGCUGGCCGAAAAGGGGCCCGUUAAUCGCUUCAAAGAAGUAAGUACCGACGGACUGAACGGAGGAAUUGAAAGGGACGCGGCUCAUUGUCCUCACGCUACAGCUGACCUGGGUGCUUUCAACACGAAGGCACGGCUGAUUCAUUGUCUUUCUCCCAAAGUACGACGGUGGUGUAUGUUCGAGUGGUUCUAUAGUGCUAUUGAUCUACCAUGGUUUGCCCGCAAUGAGUUCGUGGAAUAUCUCAAUCAUGCUGGUCUUGGUCAUGUGCCAAGAUUGACACGUGUUGAAUGGGGAGUCAUACGCAGCUCGCUUGGAAAGCCCAGAAGAUUAUCUCAGAGAUUUCUUCAAGAAGAGAGAGAAAAGUUGGAGGCUUACAGAGAGAGCGUAAGAACGCACUAUCACGAGCUACGGGGUGGCCUUCGUGAAGGAUUAAAUUCAGAUCUAGCGCGGCCUCUCACGGUUGGUCAGCGAGUCAUUGCCAAACAUCGGAGGACGAAGCAGAUACAUGAUGGGAGCAUCUUGACUGUAGACCGAAAUAGAUGCCGGGUUCAGUUUGAUCGGCCAGAACUCGGUGUGGAAUUUGUCAUGGACACUGAUGCCAUGCCUGUGCACCCUCUGGAAAAUAUGCCAGAGAUGAUGAGAAGGAAGCGAAUAAUAUUGGAUCCGUUGGACCGUACAGCAGAGGACUUGAAGCAUGAAGCUAAGAGAGUCCGUGUAAGUGCUGCAGGAGCUGCGAGGGCUGCCCUGAAUGAGAGGCUUGAGAGGCCUGCAUCACUUCCAGGAAUCCCAUCUUUCUCUCCCUUCUUUCUCAACAACCUAACAAAGAGAGCUCAGGACGACUCUGUGGAUUCAGUGCGUUUAGCGAAAGCAGCCACUAAUGAAGCUGUCGCAGCAACUAAGCAAGCAAUUAUGUCACAGCCUUGCACGCCCGGACAAUCACAGGCUCGGGAGACAGAUAUUCGAACUUUGGUGGACCUGGGCAACGCUCUCAACAAGAAAGAAGCUUUAGUUGUGGAGUUACGGCGUAUGAACGACGAAGCUGUGUCCUACAAAGGUUCUGAUAUGUUUCAACGACAGUAUGCAACCAUCAUCCUUCAACUGAAGGAAGUGAAUGAACAGGUUUACGAAGCCUUGAAGCACUUACGCCACCGGAACAAGUAUGAAGACAGUGCUCUGCCACCAUGGCAUCGGCCAGCUGCUGCUCAAGCGACACCUGGUCGUCCAAGCUUUGUUGCUGGGCCUCUCGAGCCUGGUCCACCUCUUCCCGAGGUUGCCGCUUCAGCAAAAAAGCACGCUAAAGCUUUGGUUUCUGUUGCCAUGGAGACUUUGUAUAACUGUAAGUAUGAAGAAGCCAAUGAGUUGGUGAGCGCAGCGCUUGCCUCAGUCGAGAGAAAGCCACUUCCCACUAUUACAACGGUUGGCACACCCAAAACGGAGGGUCUUUCUGGAGCAAGCACAGGUCAUUCGGUUGUAGCUCCAGCUGUCGCAAUGGAGGUUGAUGAAGUCAUAAAACCAGCGGCUCCACCUCUCGGGGAAACUGUUUCCACAGUCAAGACAGAAGAUGUAGCUACAAAGGAGCCCAAUCCAUCUUCUAGAACUCAAAGCGAGGAGGAUGAGUAUUUGACCGAUCUUAUGGCCAACUGCGUUACCACACUGAUGAUGGUCCAGACUUUAACAGAGGGGCAGUUUUCCCCGGCGGAAGUCAUACAGACUUUGGACACUGCACUUGAGUCAUUAAGACCUCGAACUGCUCAAAACCAUCUUAUCUUUAAAGAGAUCGAGCAGCAGCUUGGUUACGUCAAGACACAAAUUUUGACUCCCAUACAGAUUCCCAUUCAGUCUGGUAUUCCCUCCCCUACGGAGGGUCUCAUCACCCAGCCCAAGGGUGUCUAAUAGUUGUAAAAUUUCGUUAAGUUAAGAAGCACUUGCUGCAUUGGUUUUCUACGCAAGUGAUUUGAAGAUAGGCCUUGUGCCAAACCACUUUCAAGUGAGAUUGCCCUGUGUGGAUUAAGAAAUAAAUGGGCUUACUU